UCUGCAAAAGUUAGGCGUAUUCUACACAUAUCAAUUAAACAACUCGGAAGGUUCAGAAAUGAUUACAUAGAAGCAAAUGAAGGUUUUGAGAAAUAUGCCAAUAGCAGUAACGGUCUAGCAAUGAAGAUUUGGCUACCUAACCUCUCCUCUGAUAAGAGAAAAAGAGAAUAUAUACUAAUAGACAAUAAAGACGACACACACAAUGCUAUUGAGAUAGGCAGAGUUGUCAAGAAAUCUAGGAAAGAAAUAUGGGUUGAUAUAGGCACACCAACAAGUUCAGUAAAUGAUCAGAAAAAUAUUAGAAGAGUGCGGAAAAAUCUAAUAGUAGGAGCCCUGCCUAAGAAUCUAAUCAAAAAUGGAGAGAUAAUAAUAGACGAAGAGGAGAUGAUAUUCAGAAAAUCUAAAGAGGCAAGAGCAAAUAGAUUCCAAAAUGAAGAAAGGCUAGUAGGCAUCAAGACAAUUGACUCUCUUGAGAUAGAGCUAAUCAGAAAGCAGAUUGAGAAUCUAGAAAUAGCGGAUGAGUUAUGUAAAAAAGUGAUAAACAAUAUUAAUAGUAGAGAAGAAAAUUUU